AUGUCGCUUGCUGCCGCUGUUCCAACACGCUCUACCGCGGCUUUUCCGAGAAAGGCAAGGGCACUCCACCACGACGUGCAGGCCAUCCCGGGUCCAUCUCGUUCACCCCACGCCCCAAGCACGCCAACUGUCCGGAUAAGCAGGCCCUUCACCACAAGCGCCGCCGCAGCUGCCAAGAAGAAGGGCAAAAGCAAGGCUUCUCCGGGCUCUGCGUCAGCAGCUAAUGACAGUCCAGUCGGUCCGUCGAGGUAUGCACCACUUCCGCAAGGCUGGCAAGCAGUCAUCGGCGUCGAGUGUCACGUCCAGAUCAAAGACAAGCACAAGCUGUUCAGCACUGCCGAGCUACCGACGCCUUCCACGCCGCCAAACACCCUGGUCACGGCUUUCGAUGCGGCCCAUCCGGGUACUUUUCCCACGCUCAACCGAUCAGCGUUACGGCUGGCAGCACGCACAGCGCUGGCUCUCAACUGCAAGGUGCAUCCGGAAAGUCGCUUCGACCGCAAGCACUACUUCUACUCGGACCUUCCAGCAGGCUACCAGAUCACCCAGAAGUACGCACCGCUGGCGAACAACGGCCGUGUCAAGCUCAUCUUUGACGAGGGUCAUCUGCCAAGCCCCGAGGACGAGCUUACUGUCGAGAUAGAGCAGCUUCAGCUGGAACAGGACACCGCCAAGUCCAGCUACUUUGAUACUGGCACCACCUUCCGCUUCGAUCAAACCGAGAAGGAUGGUGCUAGCGCGGGAAAUCGAGGCACAGGAGCGAUAUUACACGAAGCAGACGACGAUCGAGUCGGUCGCAGCUUUGUCGAUCUCAACCGUGCAGGCGCCGGCUUGAUGGAGAUCGUCAGUGGGCCGCAGAUGCGCACCCCCGAACAAGCAGGAGCGUACGUUCGCAAGCUGCAAGAGCUCGUCCGUCGCGUCGGAGCGUCCGACGGCAACAUGCAGGAAGGCUCUCUUCGUUGCGACGUCAACGUCUCGGUCAAUCGUGUCGGUGAGCCCUUCGGCACACGCUGCGAAGUCAAGAACCUCAACAGCGUGCGCUUCAUGAUGAAUGCCAUCUCGUACGAGUCGCACCGUCAGGUCCAGCUGCUCCAAGAGCACGGUCACGUCGAACAAGAGACGAGAGGCUACAACGAGUCGGACGGUACCACGUUCCGAUUGCGUGGCAAGGAGGAUGCGCCAGACUACAGAUACAUGCCUGAUCCGAAUCUGCCGCCGAUUUUGCUCUCCGAGAAGCAGCUGCAGGCUUUGAGGGAUGGGCUGCCGGAGCUUCCCGAUGCAAGGCGUGCGCGGUUGAGCGAGCAGUAUGGUCUUGCGUCUCGAGACAUCAAUGUGCUCAUGAGAGUCGGAUCGGAAGACGAGCGGGACGGUCGGAUUGCGACAAAGACGCUCGAGUCAGAUGGCGACUUUGAACAGAAAGAUUCGAACGCGGUCGAGUACUUUGAACAGGUGGCAAGCGGAAGGUCUGCACAGACCGCACUCAAUUGGAUCAUCCACGAGCUCAUGAAGGGUCUCAACGCCCGAAAUCUCCCCUUCAAGGAACGGUACUUGCCAGCAGAGUAUCUCGGGCAGCUCAUCGACCUCGUAGAGACUGGUCAAGUCACCGGCACCACAGCCAAGGCCGUCAUCGCUGAGCUCCUCUCCUCCGCUCAGCCAGGAAACGGCGACAAGACCGCCAUUUCAUUGGCCUCCUUGCGCGGUGCCGCAAGCUCAUCCUCGUCGCCCGUGUUGGACUUGCUCAAGCAGAACAACUUGCUGGCGCUGAACACCAAGGAGGAUCUGCUGCCACUGCUCGAGUCAGCGCUGGCAAGGCUGCCUGAUGAAGUGGCUCAGGUGCGUAAGGGUAAUCUGAAGGUAGCCAUGCGGAUUGUCGGGCAGGUCAUGAAGGAUGCAAAUGGCAGAGCGGACGCGAAGCUUGUCCAUCAGACUAUUCUGGAGCAGCUCGGACAGGCGCCUCCAUCCUAG